GGUAGUUCAACACGUGAAAAUGGCUCUUCUCACCUCAAAGCUUCGGUAUCUUCUGCUCUUCUACGCAGUCUUCCAGGCUGCUCAAUUUGGCCUCCGCUGGAAGUCUUAUGACAUCUCGCCGAAGCAGUUCAAGACUAUCGCUGGAAAGGCUGCUGCUGCUCCAACAAUCUCCCAGUCAAUUUCCACAUUGACGUCUGGAAUGCGCACUUAUUACGAGCCAAUCAUGCCAAGUCACUUCGAAUGGCACGCUAUUCAGUUGGGAGGCCUCACUUUAAGGAUGUACCCAAUGCUGACCGCUUUCACCGAGUUCGCCGCCGCCUUCUCCGCUCCGUUCCCAACUUCAGGACGCCCGGGGCUCCAUUGGGCAAAUACGACGUGCACCGUGUUGAAAGGAAAAGUCAGCCGAUUCAAUGACGGAACUCAGGACGAGACGUCGGAGAACUUUGCUUCGGGAGCCGCUUUCAGGCACGGACAGUUCGAGUCCCACGUGUACAGCUUCGAGAAGGACACCUACGUCGCGUGCUACGGUCGCGGCUUCCUCCCACUCUCCUCCACCGUCCACGUCACCUCUGGAAUCUCACUCGGCGAGCCACUCUCGGUCAUUCAAUUCUACAUGAAGCAGGCCUACAACUACUGGAACAACCUGAGCCACACCCUCUAUCGUGUCUUCCAGCACUACAAGGCCCGCGCCACUGGAGAACUUUAAAUAAUUUAUGUGAUUCCCCAUCCGGUGCAUUUCUACAAGCAUUCUAACCCGAAAUUUUCAUUUAUUCAGUCAUGUUUUAUCCCAAUGUCCCCCCUCUACUUCCAUUUUUACGGUUGUGUAAUUCGAUUUCUUGAGCCAUUUUAUUGCAUAAUUUAAAAUACAAGAACAUAUUUAUUUC